UUUGAACGGUGUAGAUGUAAAUUAUUUCUGAUGCACUUCCUCCGUAGAUCAGUUUCGGUGUUUCAUGCAUUUGUAGGCCGAAACCUUUUGAGCAGGCACCACUGUCGGAGCACUAUAACCCAGCUAGACAAGAUGAGGAUCCGCCUGGAACCAGCCCUAAAGGAUAACUACAUGUACCUGUUGAUUGAUGAAACAACAGGACAGUGUGCUGCAGUUGAUCCUGUUGAACCAGAAAAGGUUCCGUCACAAGCAGUCUUAAGUAAAAUAAUAAGAAAGAUGAAACAAUAUUCUUGUAUAAAAAUAUGUUCUGAGGGGAGUAACCAACUAAUAAGGAAGGAAAAUGGUUUAAGCCUUACCAUGCUAAUUUUCUAUAAUGAACUUGUCCAUCUUUCAGUUUGGACAGUACCAUUAACUGCUAAAAGGGGCCCAAACCCUGAGAAAACCAACAUUGUGCCAAAUUUUGGUUUGGCAUGGACCCCAUUUCUGUUCGACCUUAAAGGUAUAUGUGUCUUUCAUAUUUCAUUUUUUUUGCUUUAUCAACAUUCUCUUGUUUUAUAUUUGAAACAGAAACAGAGGGAGAAUGAUUUACCAACAAUUCCUUCAACAAUAGGUGAAGAAAAGAAAAUUAAUCCUUUUAUGAGAGUUAGAUGUACAAGUGUUCAGAAACAUGCAAGCUCCACAGAUCCUAUUGAAGUGAUGGGUUUCUUGAGAAAGGAAAAAGACGAUUUUAAACCGAAAUGAUUUUUUUUGAAGAUGUUUGUUUAAUUAUUUUAUUACUUUGUAUACAAAUGUUAAUAAAUUAUAUAUUGAUGUAAACAGAUUCCUUGAGUGCUAAUGUGUAUCCUUUAGCUUUUAAAGUAGCUUAAUCUUGAUUCUAAUUUGAUCGACCAGCAAAUAAGCUAUAUACAUGUAGAGGAAAAUCUAUCUCGGGUUAUUCUGCAAUAACCUACACGAAUGCAAUGAUGUCAUGUGAUCUAGGUACGUAGCACCGUCGUAAAAAGUAGUUGCCAUUUUCUCUAACACUGUUGAUAUAAGUAUGUCAUGUUAGAAUCGAAAUAACAAGUUCCCAAGUGUGAUUUAUUGUAAAAUAACUCGAGUUUUUCGUUCUUAUGCAAAACAAUAUAUCACUCGGGCCUACGACCUUCGUGAAAUAUUCUUAUGUAUAAGAACUCAAAACAUUGAUUAUUCUACAAUAAACCACACUUUGGAACUUAUUAUUUCUUAAUUAAAGAUACACCAAAUGUUGUUUUAAAAAAGUCUUUAAUUUGUAACAGUGAGUUCAUAUCUGUUACCGGUAGCUAUAUUAUAAUUGCAGCAUUUUUAUACAGAAGUAAAGUUAACUAUUUCAUUGUUUAUUAGCUGUUUCAAUGCUUGCAAAAAGAAUCUCCAAGAUAUAAUUGUUGCCAUUUGAUUCACUCAUUCGGCGUUGGUGUUGGCUAAGAUUUUUGUUAAGUUUUUUUUUCUUGAAAACUAAAAACUAUUGCUUUGAAACUUUGUACACUACUUUAUCAUCCUUAGGUGUGUAAGUAGGCCAAGAUCAAUAUUUUUGUCAAAAAGUUGGACAUUUUCUGUGCGUAGAAAAUUGAAAUUUCUUGAUUAAAAGUUUUGUUAAAAGUUCUCUUAUCUUGAAUAAAACGGUAACUUUAAAGCUGUG